AUGCCAAACACAGCCAUGAAGAAGAAGGUGCUGCUGAUGGGCAAGAGCGGCUCGGGCAAGACCAGCAUGCGCUCCAUCAUCUUCGCCAACUACAUCGCGCGCGACACGCGGCGCCUGGGCGCCACCAUCGACGUGGAGCACUCGCACGUGCGCUUCCUGGGCAACCUGGUGCUGAACCUGUGGGACUGCGGCGGCCAGGACACCUUCAUGGAGAACUACUUCACCAGCCAGCGCGACAACAUCUUCCGCAACGUGGAGGUGCUCAUCUACGUGUUCGACGUGGAGAGCCGCGAGCUGGAGAAGGACAUGCACUACUACCAGUCGUGCCUGGAGGCCAUCCUGCAGAACUCGCCCGACGCCAAGAUCUUCUGCCUGGUGCACAAGAUGGACCUGGUGCAGGAGGACCAGCGCGACCUCAUCUUCAAGGAGCGCGAGGAGGACCUGCGGCGCCUGUCGCGGCCCCUGGAGUGCGCCUGCUUCCGCACCUCCAUCUGGGACGAGACGCUCUACAAGGCCUGGUCCAGCAUCGUCUACCAGCUCAUCCCCAACGUGCAGCAGCUGGAGAUGAACCUGCGGCACUUCGCGCAGAUCAUCGAGGCCGACGAGGUGCUGCUCUUCGAGCGCGCCACCUUCCUGGUCAUCUCGCACUACCAGUGCAAGGAGCAGCGCGACGUGCACCGCUUCGAGAAGAUCAGCAACAUCAUCAAGCAGUUCAAGCUCAGCUGCAGCAAGCUGGCCGCCUCCUUCCAGAGCAUGGAGGUGCGCAACUCCAACUUCGCCGCCUUCAUCGACAUCUUCACCUCCAACACCUACGUCAUGGUGGUCAUGUCCGACCCGUCCAUCCCGUCGGCCGCCACGCUCAUCAACAUCCGCAACGCCAGGAAACACUUUGAGAAGCUGGAGCGGGUGGACGGGCCCAAGCACAGCCUCCUGAUGCGCUGA